AUGUCGGAAGCCAAACGCAAGAAGCCUGAAUCGCAGGAGGUCCCAGCUCCCAGAUCUCAACCGAAAAAGUCGCCUGGGCAGGUCGACAACCGAUCUGACAGUAAGUCGCCUGACAACCCUUCUGCUGACGACCCGGUGCCAGACAAUCCGUCUGACACUGAGUCGGUCACCGGUCCGGGUAAGAAGCGAAGAGUCGAAGGAAGGGGCCUACCUACAGAUGAGGCCAUGUUAGAUAAACCAGAUACUAUCUCUGAUGAUACCAAACAAGUCGAUGAAUCAGCUGGAGAUCAAGUCGAUGCACCAGAAGAUGUGUUAGACGAAAAAGAACUACCACCAGUCAGUGCUGGAUCGGCUGUAGGUGCUGGUGCAGGUCCCCUUUUUCCAGGCCUAGUGCCCAAGACUGUCGCUUUACUUGAGGGGCGAUUCAGCAGCCGGUCAUUCGUUAACCAAUAUGGACCAGACCACAGCCCGUGGUUCGUUAUCGACAAACAGUUUUACGGUUCAGAGCAAUAUACCGAAAAUCCUCGUGAUGAUAGUAUCAACGGCGGAGAGAUACAAUGCCUUGAUCGGGAGAAGUAUCGUGUCCUGGAUAGACCCUUGAAUGUAGGAGAGCCGGCUACUAAGCUCCAUGAGGUGCAAGGCAUCUGUGCAGUCGUAUGCCAGCUUCCUCUCGAAACUCAGGCAAAUCCAAUGCAAACGGCAAAGUCCCUGGACCCUGAUAUCGUCAAGAUGACAUCCAGGUACCCGGAUUUCAAAGCACGCCAGAAAGCUAUCCGUAACAGGGAAGUAUCGCUUGCACAGUUUAAGCAACCGGUGCUCCAGGAGAACAAAGUGAACAAGACAAGAAGUUGGGAAAGUAGCUCUAGAUACCGUGCUCUUCAUGGUGUUAGUCAAGUUUCGGCCGAGAAAGCUAUCUACAGUUGUGUCUCAAGUCGAGCUGAGCGCUUUCUGAAGUGGUAUCGUAUGAGGCACCCGAACGAAUUUGCGUUGCACGAAGAGGCUAGUCGACUGAGCCCGAUGAGAGAGUCACCAGCAAAGUCCCUGUCGCCCGUGCCUCAAACUGAAAUAGUUCAAAGCAUCGAGCGAUCACCACCGCUUGCGUCAUCUGCCACCAAGCAACCACUAUCGUCAAAGACAAAAGUGCAAGAGGUUGCCAAAUCGGAAGGAAGACCAAGCCUAAGCCCAAGCCCAAACCCUUCCGAAGAUGAUGAUGACGAGCCUCUCACAGAGGAAGAGUAUCGGCAAGAGGUUGAAUUGGCCUGGAGGAUGCAUAACAACGUCAACAUCAAGGACGAUCUAAGUACCAAGCAGAAAAGGAAAUUCGAUACUUUUUAUGCCAUGAUGGCACAGCUUAAAGGCAGUAAGCAGUGA